AUCGAAUUAAAUUAAUGUAAUAUUUUAAAUUUAGAUAUUCCAAAGCUAUAUAUCAUUAGUGCAACAAUAGCAGGAAAAUAGUAUUGUAGCAGAAAGCUUGCAAUUUGCUUAACCAUGAAAGCAUCACUGAAGACCUUUACACAGUUUUCAUCCGCCUAUGGCUUCCGAGCUUAUACAAUCUCAGCUUCAGUCGAUUUCCCAAUGCGUGAAAUCCCUGCCCAGAGCCACAUGAAUCGAAAGGUAGCCUGCGAUAAACCAAUCGAUCAAUUCUCGCUUAUGAAAUUGAUUGAUUCUUCUAUCUCUUCAAAUGAGUUUACUCCUAGUUCUCUUCUAUUCCACGAGUUCUCUCGUUCCAUUGAUGUUAAUUUAUGUAAUACACUUAUCAGACGCUAUACGGAUUCAAAAAAUCACUCGCGUGCAGUUUUCGUUUACACCCAAAUGCGUAAACUGAAUAUCCUUCCUGAUUCCUCAACAUUCCCCAGCGUUCUCAAGUCUGUUGCUCAGUUAUGUUGUGGAGAAGUUGGGAAAUCCAUCCACUGUAAUGCAAUUCAAUUGGGUUUCACUUCCGAUGUUUAUACAAACACUGCUCUGGUCUACAUGUAUGGUAUAUGUGGACAACCCGAUGAUGCUCAUCAACUGUUUGAUGAAAUUCCUGAGCGAAAUGUAGUUACGUGGAAUUCGUUGAUCACGAGUUAUACGCAUAAUAGGAUGUUCAGAGAAGCAAUUGAUGUGUUCAGGGAGAUGCUAGCUUCUGGGGUUAAACCAGGUGAGGUCACUAUGGUUGGAGUUUUAUCAGCUUGUUCUCAUUUAGGAACUCUGAGUCAAGGGCGGUGGAUCCAUGAUUAUAUUGUCAAGAAUCGGUUGAGAGUGAAUGUAUAUGUUGGUACUGCGUUAAUUGAUAUGUAUGCUAAAUGUGGAGACAUUGAUGAGGCAAAAAAGGUUUUUGAAACUAUGGGGUUAAAAAAUAUUUAUACAUGGAAUGUAUUGAUUUCGGCAUAUGCCAUGAAUGGACAAGGGGAGGCUGCAUUGCAGACUUUUGAUAGGAUGAUUGUAGAAGACUUAAAGCCUGAUCAUGUUACUUUCCUCGGUGUUUUAUGUGCUUGCUGUCACCAAGGUUUUGUGGAGGAAGGUAGAAGGCUGUUCUCAAGCAUGAUAAAUCAGUUUGGAUUGCAGCCAAAGAUUGUGCAUUAUGGGUGUAUGAUUGAUCUACUUGGACGUGGUGGGUUCUUGGAUGAAGCUAUGCAAAUUAUUCAUUCUAUGAAACUAAAGCCAGAUGCAAUAAUAUGGAGGACACUACUUGGUGCUUGUAGAUUUCAUGGAAGAGAAGAACUUGGUGAAUUUGCUUUCCGUAAGCUUCUGGAACUGGAACCAACGAAUGGGGAAAACUACGUGUUAAUAUCAAAUGUUCACACUCAAAAAAAGAAAUGGACUGAAGUUGGAGAAGUUAGGGAGUUGAUGGACAGCGGUGGUAUUAAAAAGAUUCCUGGAUGCAGUUCAAUUGAAAUUGAGAAUGCAGUUUAUGAGUUUAAGGCAUCUGAUCCACUUAAAACAGGGAAUGAGGAAAUACAUAAGAUGUUGCAAGACAUGAAAAAUCAGUUGAAAUUAGCAGGUUAUGUGCCUGAAACAGAGAUAGCUCUGUAUGAUAUUAAUGAAGAGGAAAAGGAGCAUAAUCUGAUAUACCACAGUGAAAAGCUUGCUCUUGCAUUUGGGCUGCUACACUCAUCUGAGCCUACAUUAAGGAUAAUGAAGAAUUUAAGGAUUUGUCAGGACUGCCACCAAUUCUUUAAGCUUGCUUCAGCAGUUUAUAAAAGAAAUAUUGUUGUUAGAGAUAUAAAGCGCUUCCAUCAUUUCACUGGAGGUCUUUGUUCAUGCAAAGAUUAUUGGUGAUACCUAGUAUAUAUAUAGGUGAUGUUAUGUCGUCUGACACAUUAGGGGCACUUACAGCACAGAGACCGGCAAAUUUUCACUGAGGAUGUCGUGUCUCAUUUGUGUAAUUAUUACUAUCAGCUUUUGUUUUUGAGCUUCAGGAAAAAGUGAUCUGAGAGGCCUCAGAAUCUGCCACCGGACUUAAGUAGUUAUUUCUUAUUUUGAUGGAUGGAUUACUUGGGAUAUUUUAGUUUUCCCUGGUAUACCAGACAUAACCUAGCACGACAUGGAUAAAAUCCAGAUACAGUUUAUGGUUUUGGAUACUGCCGUGCGAAACCUUUUGAGGCGAUUGUGAACUUCUAAUCUGUUUGGGUAGUCAAGCUGCCAAUAUCAUUACAGUUUCUGGAGUUGGUUUGUUACUAUAAACCUAUCUUGUGAAAGUUUAAGUCCUUGAUAUUUGAGAAAUAUUCUAGGUUCAACGGAGCUUUUUUCAUUUUAGCUGUAUGACUCUGCCAAAGGCCCUAAAGACUUCAGGAACUGCAGAAUGUGUGCUUUGAAGGCUCUCAAGUGUCAGAGCCACUUUUGUUUUUUAGCUGUGCAAAUCUGAUGUGCUGACUGUUUGUCUUAUCCAUGAUCUUAGGUGAGACACAUUUUGGCAUGCCUCAUAUGUGGAUUGUGCACUCUCAGAACAAUGUUAUCAGAAGUUCACCUUCUAGACAACAAUGAUGUUGACGCAGAGUAUCUAAAUCUCUGCUGGAAAAUGCGUACACCAAAGGUACAUCACGUUCUACCCUAAUUUUUAUUUUCACAUAUUUAUUGCUUCUUUUCAUAAAAUCUUCAGCUACAAUUUUUGUAUGACUGUUGAGGCAGAAUAUGUUAUUGCCAU